AUGGGUGAUAUCAUACGCAUCAAACGGCACCAUUACGUUCACUUGCUGGAUAACAACACCAAUGUAACACGAUGCAUAGUGGGGCCGCUAGUGUACACACGCAAAGGGCAUGAGCGAUGUCUCUUUGAACCGCUGCCCUGCAUUGUGGUACCGCCACGGUGCUUCUGUGUCGUGCAAAACCCGUGCGUGCGCGACGAGGCUGGACAGCCGGUCCUGGAGGCAAACACAAGUGUGCGGUUGCGCAUGGGUGAGGAGGAGAUUCGCUUUGAGCAGCAACCGUUCCCGUUGCAACCGGGAGAGAAGCUCAAGUGCGAAAAUGGUAAUUGGCUCUCCACGCUGAAGGUGAUUCCCCCCAACAAGGGCUACCACGUCCGAUGUGUGUGCGACUUUACCGACGGCGUGCGCGGGCUCGUGCGCGCCGGCACGGAGUGGAUGGUGGAAGGCCCGCAGACAUACGUGCCGCGUGUUGAGGUGGAAGUGGUGCGCGAGGUGGCUGCGCACGCCGUCAAUGCCAACACGGCGCUGCAGCUACGCGCGUUGAUGGACUUCACCGACCGUGGCGGGGUGCGGCGACGGGCCGGUGAGACGUGGCUGAACGAGACAGUAGGUGCGUACCUCCCUGCUGUCGAAGAGGAAAUUGUUGGGACAGUCAACGGCAUCGUGCUGAGCGACAGCCAAGCGAUUCAUCUUGAGGCGCGGCACAACUUCACCGACGUGUACGGAAAUUCACACAGGGCGGGGGAGCGGUGGCUCGUUACUAACAAGGACGCACCCAUACAUAUUCCUGACGUGCAUGAAAGUGUUAUUGCCACGGUGCAGGCGAUUGUACUGAAUGGGAAACAAUACUGCGUGAUGGAGAACCCAGUGGGAAGUGAUGGUGUAAUUCAGCUUGGCAAGCAGAGUGUGCGCAGAGGACCGUGCAGCUUCUUUCUUCACCCCGGUGAGAAACUCGUUGGUGGUGUGCAGCCGGUGAAGGUGAUUGGAAAAGAUGAAGCGCUGCUGCUGCAAGCUGUGGAGACUGUCAAGGAGGGCGGUGAGGAUGGCCGCUUGCGCCGUCCUGGCGAGAAGUGGAUGCUGUGGGGCGCCGCGGAGUAUGUCCCCGAAGUGGGUGUUCGCAUAAUCGAGCAGCGAAGUGUGAUUGCACUGGACAAAAAUGAAGGUAUCUACGUAAUGGACACGACGACAGGCGUAGUGCGGGCGGUGAUUGGGGAGCCGUAUAUGCUUAAUGAACAUGAGGUGCUCUGGGAUAAGAAUCUCUCGCCGGAGGUAGAGGCGUUGCUCGCCUGCCCCGAUGGUCGUCGUACACAAGGUGAAAGGGACCCCAACUUUGUUAGCACCCGCGUGCGACACCGUAUUGUGCGCUUUAAUGUCCAACACAAUGCGGCAGUUCAGAUCUAUGACUACAAGCAGAAGAAACCGCGCGUUGUUUCUGGACCGAACUUAAUCAUUCUUUCUCCAGAUGAGGAGUUCACAGUCCUCUCGCUCAGUGGGGGCAAACCAAAAGUACCAAAUGUGGUUCAGUGCCUGCAGCUCUUCCUGGGUCCGCGUUUCUCGAGCGACACGGUUGUCGUGGAGACAUCCGAUCACGCCCGCUUGCAGCUUAACUUGUCUUACAAUUGGUAUUUCGAUGUAGACCGUGUGGCUCCCGACGCAAAGAUCUUCUCCGUGCCGGAUUUUGUUGGAGACUGCUGCAAGACGAUUGCCUCGCGCGUGCGUGGCGCCGUGGCGGCCGAAGAUUUCGACUCAUUUCACCGUAACUCUGCAAAAAUCAUCCGAGAGGCGGUUUUUGGCUGCGAUGCAGAUGGAAACAUUAAAAACUCUCUGUGCUUCCCCACCAAUAACUUGGUCGUGACAAACAUUGACAUCCAGUCCGUAGAGCCGACUGAUGCCAAGACACGGGAUAGUCUACAGAAGUCGGUGCAGCUUGCCAUUGAGAUUACGACCAAGUCGCAGGAAGCGGCCGCGCGCCACGGCAAGGAGCGCAAGGACCAGGAGGCGAAGGGAAAGCUGGAGCGACAGAAGCUGCUCGACAAGAUUGAGGUAGAACGGACCAAGACAAGAUGGCUGGAGCUGCAGGCGCAAAGCGAGGCGGUUCAGGCAAGCGGCCAGUCUGUUGCGGAGGCCAAGGCCAAGGCAGAAUCUCUUCUUAUCGAAGUCGAGUCUGAAUUGAAACAGGCGCAGAUGCGGGCCAAGGCGUAUCAAAUAACGGCGGAUUCAGAGUUUAAGAAACAGAAACAGAAGCAGGACCUCGAACUGGAGCUUGCAAGACGUCAGAACGAGCUGGAGAUUGCCAAGGCUCGUCAGUUGGCAGAAACGGAGGCAGAGAGGGUACGCCGCAUGGUGAGUGCCAUUGGGCGGGAGACACUCGUGUCGCUUGCGCGGGCGGGGCCGGAGAUGCAGGCGAAACUGCUUGGUGGGUUGGGCCUCAAGGGCUAUCUCAUCACAGACGGGAAAUCGCCUGUGAAUCUUUUCAACACCGCCCAAGGCUUGCUUGGCGGCAGCACGCAGGAAAAUCCGUAG